CCUUUAGCCAGUGUGAGCGUACUAUGUACGUGAGUGAUAAUAUCAGGAUUAAUGCUAAUUUGUCGUCGAUUUUUCGACCAUUACUCUCAACACGGAGCAUUUGGGAGAGAACUGUUCAUACGCAGAAAACCCUCCACCCAAACAUGCUUUUUCUUGUGCUUCCAAUAUCGACACCUGUGUCGUGAAUUCCGGAGUCAGUCCAGUGCAUCUUGACUCACGACCAUACACAAUGGCCACAACAGCCAUCAAGUCAUUCUUCUCUGCUUCCUUUCCGCCACCUCCAGAAUCGAGCUCCACAUCAGCUCUCAUCAAGACCCUCUCCAUGAUUCCACAUAUAGAAGGCGGCUACUUUACCGAAACAGACCGAGACCCCCUGCUCAUUUCCUCCCCUUUCCCUCUCAACCCAGCAUCAGAGUUGAUGCCGCAACGGGAGGGCUUCGACCCUCGCUACCGCAACGCCUCCACCAGCAUCUACUACCUCCUUACCCCGUCGUCUCCUCAGGGCAAUUUCCACCGCAACCGGGGACGGACUGUACACACGCUGCACCGAGGACGUGGGAUAUAUGUGCUCAUUCAUGCCGAUGAGGAGGAUGUCGAGUAUGAGGGCGGCGGCAGGGGGAAGCGGGUUGAGUCGUUUGUCGUGGGUCAUGAUGUGGCGAAGGGGGAGCGGUUGCAGUGGAUUGUAGAGGGUGGGAAGUAUAAGGCCAGUUUCUUGCUCCCAGAUCAAGGGGCAGAGGGUCAGCAGAGUGGUGUGUUGUUGAUCUCGGAGACAGUCGUUCCUGGGUUCGAGUAUUGUGAUCAUGAUUUUCUGGUUGCGGAAGGGUUGAAAGUGCUUGUUGGGUCUGAGCAGGCGGAGAAACUGGGCUGGCUCGUUAGGAAAAGCUGAUGUUGGGACUUGAUUUCCAGUUGAGCAAAUCUUCUUUUGGGUUGGGCGAGGAGUGUAUGCGCCCCUGUCUGUACAGCUAGAUUUGAUAUGAUGAACUUGUUAGAAAGGCCCAAUCGUGACCCAAGAGCUCUCUUUUCGACCCUAUCUGGACUUGUUUUCAGAUUGACCAUGCCUUUGUUGUGGUGAGCCAGAAAAGCAGUAGUUGGAAGUGGUUCGAAACUCGCGUGUAUAUAAGUGCAUUCCCAUCUGUUCUAACCACGUAUGGAAGAA